AACACUGGUAGCACGUUUUGACUCUCGCGGGUUGCCGUAGUGGCGGUUCCAGGCCGAUUAUGCAGUUUUUCAAAUUCUUGUGAUAUGCCAGUAAUUGUUGCUAAAAAGUAAGGAUACUAGUAUUCAAAGUAUUCUCCCAUCAAAACUUACCUUGUUGCAUGAACUCAGGAGUGGCUUUGUCUGUAAACUUUACGUGUUGCUAUGGAGGAGGUGACCCGGUUGGUGUCAUCAGGCGACUGCCUGAAGAUCUGGGAUUCCACCUCCAUGAGUGUGGUGGAGCAGUUCAACCCUCACAGUGCCAGCCAUCCUCUAGCACAGGUGUGCUGGAGCAGCAGCAAUCAGUACAUUGUCAGUGCCAGCAGUAUAGGAGACAAGCUGGUAGUGACCAGCCUGAAGUCCUCACCAGUGCCAGUGAUGGAGCUUGCAGAAGGGAAAAAACAGACACGAGUCGCACUAAAUUCAACAUCACAGUUCCUGGUCAGUGGGGGACUGGAUAACACGGUCAACAUCUGGGACCUGAAGACAAAGAGAUUACAUCGUAGCCUCAAGGACCAUAAGGAGGAAGUGACAUGUGUAUCCUUCAAUGGUGGCGAUAGUUACAUAGCAUCUGGUUCCACCAGUGGAGACAUCAUCCUCCACAGCAUUACCACCAAUCUGUCCAGCAAAGCCUUUGGCCAUGGGCCCAAUGAGCCUGUCCAUGACUUGAAGUACUCGCUGAUAAAGCGGUCUCUCUUGGGGAGUGUGUCAGAUAGCGGCUCGGUGGUACUGUGGGACACAAACACCCAGAAGGAGCUACACACGUUUGAAGGUGCACACAAAGCUCCUGCCUCAGGCCUGGCCUUUUCUCCAGCCAAUGACCUGCUCUUUAUUACAGUGGGGUUGGAUAAGAAAAUCGUCUGCUAUGACACUUCCAGCAAAAUUAUUUUCCGUAGUAAGCAGAUUGAGUCCCCACUCACAGCUGUAGACUUCACUCCGGAUGGAGCAGGGCUUGUAGUGGGCUCCACCCAGGGACGGAUCUACAUGUAUGACCUGCGUAAUCUAAGCGCUCCUGUCAAAACCACCACUGCUCACAAGACCUCAGUCACGUGUAUCCGCUUCCAGCACUCCACCACCAGGCUAAAGACUAGUAAAACAGUCUCGGGCAAGACUUCUUCCUCGCAGUCCACCAAGAGAAUCUCUGUAAAGAUGGGGCAGAAUCAGCAGAGCGGUCCUCCUACUCCAACCUCCUCAGUUCCCGCUGUGCCCGAACACCAGCCAGUUAGCCGAGGAGACGUACAGGCUCACAGCCUUGGGACUGGAGGAGGUUCUGGGGUGCCAUCCAGAGAGGCUGAAGGCCAGCCCAGUCUGGAUAAGUUUAACAGCGUGGGCCGAAACAGCCUGGACCUAGACAUCUUCUCACCUGUAACUGAUGGGUUUAAAAUGCAUGGUUUCAUUGGUGAUGAUCCAACUUCAAGAAAUGGAGGCAGUGCAGAUGUGUUCUGCCGAGAAUCUCAAGGGCAACACAGUUCAGACAAAGUUAGGGUGGGUCGCAACAGCCUGGACAUUUUCUCUCCUGUCCGAGAUGAUUACAAAGGUCACAGACUCAGCGACGCCUCAAGUGGAAAGAAAGAUUUAGAUUUCUUACCUCAGCAUGGUUCAGCCCAGCGUAAGAACCCGUUGGGUACACCUGGUGCUCGCUGCUACAGUCCUCUGUCUGCUGUCCAAACACCACCUGCAAUCAUAGAGGAGGAACCAGUGAUCACAUCACCUACACAUAUGGACACGCAGAACAAUAUGUCGGAGAAGACCAGUUAUCUGAGGCAGAAUGUUCUGACCACACCCCUUGCUUCUCAGAGUACACACAUCCAAUCAGUGCCUUCAUUCAACACUCCUGAGCCCAGUCAGAGGAGAGAAGUGCCAACCCAGCUCACCUAUGACUCCCCAGUGAGUAGCAGUCAACCCAUAGCUGAAUCGGCAGCGGGUGCAUCUGGUGCUGUCAGUAGUGGAGCACCACUCACCUCUGUCCAGAUGAAUUUUGUGCGCAACAUGAUCCAUGAAGCUUUAGAAGAUUUCAGAGACACAUGCCAUAGAGAUAUUAUCAAUCUGCAAGUGGAAAUGGUGCGGCAGUUCUACAUUCAGCUGAAUGAAAUCCAUGGGCUCAUUGAGAGAUAUUCUGUGAAUGAGAGUCUUGUGGAGGAGAUUGAGAAGCUGAAGGAGGAAAACAGAAGACUCAGAGCCAAUUACUAAGAAGCAUGUGGCUACCUGUUUGACAUGUAGAGUGAAUUCCUUGUGCUCAGUACAGGUUUAGGCCUAAAGCAUGUGUUAGCACUACAGCACUGGCCUACGUGAGGAAGGACAUGGAGAUUGAUCUGCUUUCUCACUGAUGUCUGAAUUAUGCACUCAUGCCCUGAAGACCAGCACACACAGCCUGUUUUGUCUUUAUCACCAGCAUUCAUGUUUAAGGUUACACCAUGUAUGUGCCUUAAAAUAAGAGAUUGUUAUUAAGCUUUUCUCUCUCUCCAUUUUGUGCAUAUUUUACAACAUAUAAUUUGCAAUAAAAUAUUGCCAUAUAAGAGGGCUUACAUGUUUAUAGUAGGUAACAAGGUUGUAUGAUAAGCUUAUAGCCAAUAUUAGUGACUAUACUAAAUUAGAUAGAUGGAUAUUGGGGACAUCAGUACUGAUACAGUCCUGUAAACACCAAGUGUGCGGUCAUUAUGGCAGCAUGUGGCAAAAAAUCUGUUUACUGUGCCUACAAUUAACCUUUGUAAUAGUCAUAAAACCAUUUGUAUCUUGAAUAAAUUAUUACCGCCACAGGA